AUGACUACAGCUAAGACAGACUCCAUUGUGAUCGUGGGCGCCGGCGUCUUCGGUCUUUCGACCGCUCUUGAACUCAACAAGCGCGGAUAUACGGAUAUCACCGUCGUCGAUCGAUUUGUACCACCAUCAGCAGAUGGAAGCAGCGUUGACAUCUCGCGCAUUAUUCGCGCUGACUAUGCCGACCCAAUCUACUCUCGAAUGGCCCGGGAAGCAUACAAUGGAUGGACCACCGAGUACAAAGAUCAAUACUUUGAAUCGGGAUUCGCCAUGUUUUCGGAAACGCCCAAGAAUGCAUAUAUAGAGAAAUCUAAGACUAUCAUUCGGGCGGCAGGUGGCAAAUUAGACGAUCUCGACGACGCCAUGGAUAUCCGCAAACUUUACCCUAGUGUUCAAGCAGACUUUUCCGGCAUGAACGGAUAUCACAAUCCGAAAGGUGGAUGGGCUGAUGCCGCAGGCAGUAUUCAGAAGCUUGCUUCCAAGUGUACUGUCGCGGGCGUUUCCAUCAUUGCCGGGCCUCGCGGUACUGUUGUCUCCCUGCGCAGGGUGGGGUCGCGCGUUGUUGGUGUCAACCUUGUUGGAGGCCAGGUAUUGCUUGCUUCACAGGUGAUCUUGAGCACCGGAGCGUGGACCAACCGUCUUGUAAACAUGGGUCAUGUGGCAUCUUCCUCUGGCCAGCCUGUUGGUUUCAUUCAGUUGACCGAGGAGGAGGCUCUCGAGAUGAGAAAGAUCCCGGUCAUGAUUAACAUGAGCUCUGGUGUUUUCUCGUUCCCGCCCACACCAGACACAAAUGUUCUCAAGAUGGCACGCCACGGUUACGGAUAUGCAACUGAUAUCGUUGUCAAUGUGGACGGUGUUCAGAAGUCACUCUCAUCGCCAAAGCUCGAAAGCAGCAAUGCGGCCACUGGAUAUCUGCCCGACGAUGCCGAUGAAUCGCUGCGAAAGGGAUUGCGUCAGUUCUUCCCUAAGCUGGGGGACCGCCCUUGGAUGAACCGUCGACUGUGCUGGUACACGGAUACCCCUAAUGGUGACUUUAUUAUUGACCACCACCCAACCAUCCAGGGCCUAUUCAUGGCUACUGGUGGUGCAGGACAUGGAUUCAAAUUCCUCCCUAUCCUGGGCCAGUAUAUCGCGGACUGCUUCGAGAACAAAGCACCUGAAGCUUUGCGCCAAAAGUGGAGGAUGAACCCGCCCCAGGGAGGUGACUCGAAGGGGCCGAUGGCAGGUGACGGAAGCAGAGGAGGGCCUCCUUUGAGAAAGCUGAGCCCUCUCGAACAAGCUAAGCUGUAA